CUCCUCCAAAAACCACCACCAUCGGAACGUGAGGUGUGGACCAUGGACUUCCGAAUGGACUCCGUCAACGGUUCGACACCAUUUACAGCAACCUACAGAAAGCAUACGCGCAUCAAACGGUAAUGGUGGAGACGAAUGCAACCUUACAUCGGUCCGCACAGAAAGCGUUGUCGGCAUCACUAGAGCUGGAAGACUCCCGGCCAGCCAAUCAACAACGUCGUAUCGCAAACGAGACGGUCGAUGCGGAAGGUCAGGCGCAACCGUACCAAUCAGUUGACCACCGGCGUAAGGGACGUACGCCUGAUCCACAAUGGUGGGUAGUAUCCCGGUACAUUCUCCUUUCGUUAAGUGCUAUUGGACUUUCCUUGGCUUGUCCCGGGGACACCAUCCUUUGGAAAAUAUCAGCAACGGGGAAUAGCAGCGCGAGAACCUUCCAUGCUGGUCCCGUGAUCCAUUUAUUAGUUGUGUACGGCUUGCUUUUGGUUUGCUUUUUCCUUGUACAAGGGAGCGACCCGGGCUAUUUGACACCCGAGAAUGUAAAGAAUGUAUCAUUGGAAGAUGGUUUGUCACUACUUGAAGAACAAGUCGAGGACGAGACGCUCGCCCUGUCUGCCCCAUCGGAACACGAUCACUUUCCCCUAAACGUGGAGCUCCACUCGAAUUUGGAAACCGGCAUUCAACGGAGGACUUUGUCCAUCACGGAUGAGAUCCAAGAUCCAUCCGCAGCCGAUUGCUCUUUGGAACCGGAUUCCGUUUCGUGGAUGUCGUAGAAAAUAUUGCGAAAUUUGUCAACUAGCACCUCCU